AAGGAGGAAGAAGAAUUGGCACCUAUCGACAGCACAACAGCGAUCACGGGAACGUCACGUAGAAAGAGAGCAUUAAAAAAUAAAGAAGAGCUAUCAAGUCACCUAUAUAAACCUGUAACAUUAUACACGAUGUCAAGGCAAUCCAACCGUUCGUCAGACAGCAAAAAGAUGAAUUCGGAGCUGUUUACUCUGACCUAUGGGGCCCUGGUCACCCAGUUGUGUAAGGACUAUGAGAAUGAUGAGGAAGUCAAUAAACAACUCGACAAGAUGGGUUACAACAUCGGCGUGCGUCUCAUCGAGGACUUCCUGGCGCGCUCCAGCGUCGGGCGGUGUCAGGAUUUCCGAGAAACCGCAGAUGUCAUCGCCAAGGUGGCGUUUAAGAUGUACCUGGGCAUCACCCCCAGCGUGACCAACUGGAGCCCUGCUGGGGACGAGUUCUCCCUGGUCCUGGAGAGUAACCCCCUGGUGGACCUGGUGGAGCUGCCAGACAACCACAGCUCCCUCGUCUACUCCAACCUGCUCUGCGGAGUCCUGAGGGGGGCCCUGGAGAUGGUCCAGAUGGCGGUGGACGUGAAGUUCGCCCAGGACACCCUCCGAGGAGACAACGUGACGGAGAUCCGUAUGAGGUUCAUCAAGAGGAUCGAGGAGAACAUCCCUGCUGGAGACGAGUGAGGGGGCAACACCCUCCACCCCCCCCCCUCCCCCCUCUCUUGGUUUUUCAUCUGGGGGGCGGGAGGAGGAAGGGAGGGCAGACCAAACCCUCUAAGAGACUGAAAGAGACCGAGUUAGAAGGACCAGGGGUGGGUCUCGAUAGUUUACACUGGCGACCUUUUCUGAUCUCCUUGCCCCUUCUUCUUACCCUGGCCAGAGGACUUAGAAGUUGAGGUAACACGGUGAAUCAACCUGUCUCGAUACCUUCUUUAUUAUUUAACUGAAGGGAAGGAGGCCUGGAGAGGAACUCACUGUGGACUGUUGAGACCCAGACGCCCCUAAAGAGCUGAGAGUCUCUGAACCAAGACCCAGCGAGCCGUCAUGAUGGGCGGGGUUAGGAUGAGAGGAGACUUGGGGGGACUGUCCACUCACCACUGGUUUUGUUAUCCUCUAGGAUUUCAGCUGGUGUUGCUUCAAACAGCGGCACAGUUUUGGGUCUUCCUUCCUCACUUCCUCUCCUUGAGGUCAUCUCAGAUGUGCUUGGAUAAGUGUAAUGAGGUGGGAGCGAGGAUGGAGGCAUUCUUAUUGUUUUUCUCCCAAGUUUUGAAUUUCCUCCGACCACUAGUCCCUCACCACACACGCACACACACACACUAGAGGCUCUUGUACAGCUUCAGUCAUGUGCAGAUGGGGGUUUAGGAGGGGGAAAGGAAGACCAUGGCCCCCUUGCAAUCUUACGGUUGUCUUGGUUGUCUUAAAUUGUUCUGGUUCGUAGUUUUUUGUUUUUGUUUAUACAUUUUUAAAUAAAUCAAAAUCUUUGUUUAUGUCACGUAAAAAUAUAGCUACCUGUGUGGCAAUGUGAAUUUAUCUUAAGUAUGUCAUUGAAUAAAUCGAUGACUCAUUUAA